ACGUCACUACUUCCACAACAACAAGAAGCUGAAAAACAAGGAAGUGAAUGAUUGUGAAGCCGUAACCUGUUAUAAGGCCGUGAAAAGAUACGCAGAGCUCCGUUUUAAUCUGAUAUUCCUCAGUCUCCGGAUCAUACAAGAACAAUGAACAACAAAGGUUCAUAUCCACAGCAGGCUGUGUACCCUCAGCAGAGCACUGCACCUGUAUACCCUCCUGCUAUGCAAAUGUCUCCUCAGGCACCUCCAUACACAGACACACCACCUGCAUAUUCUGAGAUAUACCAGCCCAGAUAUGUGCUUCCACCUCAGGUGCCUGGUCAGGUGCCCCAGAUGUCAUCUCCCUACCCUGGUGCUCAGGUGUUUAUGCCCAUGCAGCCACAUAUGCCUGUCGGGCCAGUGGGCCAGAAUGUCCCCAUGGCUUACUACCACAUGGGAGCUGUGUACCCUGCUGGUUCAACAGUGAUGGUGGAGGGCGGCUAUGAUGCUGGUGCUCGCUUCACAGCAGGCAGCGGUGUUUCCAUCCCCCCCCCACCUCCUGGACACCCCCCCAAUGCAGCUCAGUUGGCUGCCAUGCAGGGUGCCAAUGUUGUAAUGACACAGCGCAAGAAUAACUUCUUCCUGGGUGGAUCCAAUGGAGGUUAUACCAUCUGGUAACAGCAACUCUUCAACUCCUCUUCCAUGCCUAAACCGUGUCCCCAUCCCAAAUGAUGCCCCAGUUCUAUCCCAUCCCAUACGCCUCCCUCUUCAGGCUGCUUGGCCAUGCCACAAUACUGAUAUCACCUAACGGAAUGUAAUAUUUUAGAGCCCUCAUGAAAGGUACAGUACUCCACUUCUGACCUAGAGAUCAAAUGAUGAAUACCACUGCCUGGAGAGGACAAAUGCAAAUUUUUAAUGUCAUAGAAUUCAUUCCAUGAUUCUUCAUUGGGUCUAACCUCUUUGGUCAUUCCAGAUUGGACCUCUUAUAGGAACCUGUAGUUGUUUAAGAGACCUGGUCUCCUUUUGAUCGAAUGGAUUACAAAUUACGUUCAGAUGUUCUUGUAUACCUGUAAAGCUACGUAAAUGAAAUGUUUAAAUAUCAGACCCGUAUUCUAUAGUUUAGCUGCUUAAUGGUGAAAGUGAAAUGCAGUUACAAAGUUGCAGUGAAAGCACUAAAAAAAAGAAAUCCCCACUUGUCUUUUUUGAAAACGUUUAGUGUAGUUAAAUUAAUAGGUGUGUACUAGUUCCAUGUAAAUACCAGUAUGCUGAUGAUGAUGAGAAAUUACAUCUCAACUAUACGAGAAAAAAAAAAAGAAGCAUCUUGAAUACUUUUAGCUAGCAUUGUCUUGUCCUUUACACAGUAUCCAAAAUACCAUGGCAGAUUUGUUGCACACUGAACUGUCUUAUCUGACAGAUUGUUGCAUUUAAAUCACUUGUAAAUUAAAUAAAUUAAACUAAAGCAAAUAAUUCAAGAAAAGAUUUCAUGCAAUAUACAAAGUGGUUUACUGUACCUUGCUGGGCAACUUGUAGAUGAACAUAGUCAAGUGCCAAAGAGCACUGGGGAUAGCCCUAAUUUAAAGUAAAUUAACUUCAGUAAACUUAAAGGAAAGAAAUUUAAAGUAAAUCCAAAUAGUAAGUUGAAUGGGAAGGGGUGGUUGGUGUAACAUUUUAGAUUUUUUUGUCUCCUGUUUCUAUUCCACAGUCGGAUACCCAGAGUUUAUACACUAAAUGUUUUAUUGUACGGAUUUCAAGAAUUACCCUCCAUUGUUUCUCUUUGUCUUUUUCACAGAGUAUUAUUUGGUAUCAUCAAGUAUUUAUUCACGGUAGAAGAAUGUCACCUUUGUGAUAGCAUUAGUUUCUAGUCAACAUUUUUAAAGGUUUAGGAGACUUUAUUAAAUAUUUUGGUGUUUCUUUAUGUCCUUCAUUACUUUUCUACAUUUAAGUGAUUUACAUGAGUAGUUAGGCAGAUACAUUUUUAAGUAUAACCAAUGAGCUGGUUGUACCAAAGAUUUGGUCUACAAUGCACGUAUGUUUGGUUGUGACUAGAAAUUUGAAAUGUCACAAUUUAAAAGCAAACAUAUCAUCAAAUCAGCAGUUAUGAGUUUGUUGGAACCUAGACCUUCAGUCUGACAUGACUGCAAUUGUUGUGUUAAUGUCACUUUAUGUGGGUUAAUUGCAUCUUUUAAGUCGUUGCAUAUUUUUGCACCUUUGCUAUGUGAAAAUCUGAUUAAAUACUUUUUAUCUGAGAUGCACUGCUAAGCAAAUCUGAGUGGUUGCACACAAGGGGCUACUCCUCUUUUUUUGUUUGUUUUUUUUAAAUUCUGUUUUCCUGACUUUUUAAAGAAAGCUGUGAGAUUUUGGAACAUUUUUAAAUUCAUCAAGUGUAGUCCAUUUGAAAGGAAUGUCAAGAUGUGUCGUGUUGUUCAGUAGCCUGAAAGUGUAUGCAAACUUUUGCAAUGAGGCUAUAUCACUGUCAGCAUAAUUGUUCAUUUACAAGACAUUUUUGUGCUGCUAAUUAAACGUCUUUAGAAUCUUUAUAUGUAGACAUCAUUUAUCACAUUAUCUUGCAAAACGUAAACAAGGUUUGUGAAACUAGGUAAGUUAGUAUGGGUACCAUAAACGUACAUAAUCAUUUUGGUGUCUGGAAGCGUCAAUGUGUCUGGGUAUCCGACAUACCAUAUCAAGUUUUAACAGCUGUGGCCACCAGAAAACAAAUGCUGUUGCUCUCAACCAACAUUUAGGGAUUUCAGUGUUAUUGAAGUCAGAAAGACCAGCCGUCUGGAAACGUGCUUCAUUCAUCUGAUGAACCCCCCCCUCUUCGCAGCUCCUACACAAAGCUUCUAUACAAGACGUGACUGUCGUGUCACCUGUGUAUUUAAAAUGGCUCAAUAUUCACUCACGCUGCCAUUUCAUACAGCUUUGCUGGGGAAAAGGCCACAGCUAUCAAAGCUUUUAAAAUAUGAUUAAAAUUUUUUUUUUUUUUCCCCCAUCUCUGCUCUGAUUGUUUGUAAAGCAGCAUAAUGGUGGCUUUGUCUCAGCAAUAUGAAGUACUGUAAACUAUAGCUGACCAGUAGAUGCUAUGCCAACCACAGCCAGCAAAUGGAUUACCCUUUGUUGAAGGAUUAUGGACAUUUAUAGUUCAGGGAUUCUCUUUACAAUAUUUUGUAAAAAUAGAUGUAUGUACUAAAGUGAUGUGACAGACUUUGGUACACGUUCUAUCUUUUAAGAUUACUAAAGGAGAUGAGUGUCAAAGAUGGAAUACUUUGGGAAAAAAAGAACUUAGGUGCACUUAACUUUUUUAUACUAAACUUAAAAUUUAAAAUGUAAGUUUAGAAUAAAGGUUAUUUUGGAAAUUUGAAAU